UUGGGGGGAAAAUGAAAAUAGAUCAAAAUUUAAGCGGCGACAGCGCGAAUCGCGAAAACCCUCCCGUCCAAACUGCUCCGCGAGAGAGACCGAGUGGGCCGGAAAACGGAGCUCGCUCACGGCUCACCGCCCGCGGCGCACCUGCGGAGCUCUGUUCCGUUCCAACAGGCAGCAAAUUCUCGCCGCCGAGCGAGUCAGAACUGCCAGUCUAGGGAGCGAAAGUUGAAACGAAGGAGCACCGAAGAAGACGAAGAUGUCAGACCUAGACAGGCAAAUAGAGCAGCUCAAGAGAUGCGAGCCGUUGAGGGAGUCAGAAGUCAAGGCUCUCUGUCUCAAGGCCAUGGAAAUCCUCGUUGAAGAAAGCAACGUUCAGAGAGUCGAUGCCCCGGUCACUAUUUGUGGUGAUAUCCAUGGGCAGUUUUAUGACAUGAAAGAGCUUUUCAAAGUUGGAGGUGAUUGCCCCAAGACUAAUUAUUUGUUUCUAGGAGACUUUGUUGACAGAGGAUUUUACUCUGUUGAGACAUUUCUGCUUAUGCUUGCUCUUAAGGUUAGGUAUCCAGAUCGAAUAACUUUAAUCAGAGGUAACCAUGAGAGCCGCCAGAUCACACAGGUAUAUGGAUUCUAUGAUGAGUGCCUGCGAAAGUAUGGCUCGGUAAACGUAUGGAGAUAUUGCACAGAUAUAUUUGAUUACUUAAGCCUGUCAGCCCUAAUUGAGAACAAAGUAUUUUGUGUUCAUGGUGGUCUUUCUCCUAAUAUAAAUACAAUAGACCAGAUUCGAACAAUUGAUCGGAAGCAAGAAGUGCCCCAUGAUGGUCCCAUGUGUGACCUACUAUGGUCUGAUCCAGAAGACAUUGUUGAUGGUUGGGGUUUGAGUCCUCGAGGUGCAGGCUUCCUAUUUGGUGGUGGUGUUGUCACAACAUUCAAUCAUGCGAACAACAUAGACUACAUAUGCCGUGCUCAUCAGUUGGUAAUGGAAGGAUAUAAAUGGAUGUUUAAUAAUCAGAUAGUCACUGUUUGGUCUGCUCCAAACUAUUGCUACAGAUGCGGGAACGUUGCAGCAAUUCUUGAACUAGAUGAGAAUCUUAAUAAGCAGUUCCGUGUAUUUGAAGCAGCUCCACAGGAAUCAAGAGGGGCUCCUGCCAAAAAACCUCCUCCAGAUUACUUUCUGUAGAAGCUGGAUCACAAUGGGGCUUGCUUAUGUCAUUUACCAUCAAAUACAUGGCUCUGAUUGGCUGAAUGGCUUGUAUGGCACAAGGUAUUCAGGUGAAUUUCUUUUUGAGGACUGUUCAGAAUACAUAGGGCACCUAUAACCAGCUCUGCCCUGUGAUGAUGAGCCUGUUGCAUAGAAUGAGAUUUCUUGUAUUCUUGAUUCCUUUACCAAGUUCCCCGCCCUCAUAUUUAUGUGAUAAUUGACUCUGCGUGUUAUAUGCACUAUUCUCCAUCGAAUACAGAAGAUGAAAAUUUGUACCCGUUGAUUGGAAGACUAGGUAAAUUUAAAUUGAUAUCAUUCCUACAAGGUAUGUUGUCUGUCAUACACUACUUGUCAUUGUACUAUUAUUAUUAUUUUCUCCUA